UAACAUGGACGAGUAGUCUCUUAGUAGAAGACAGAAUGAAAGGAUCCAAGUUGUACUUAGUUCUUCUCUUAGCGACGAUAAUAUCGUCUUCUUUCGCUGAACUUUGUAAUUUGGAGAAACAAUCGGGAUGGUACAGAUGUCAAGGUCUUACGAGUUUAGCACAAUUGGCCUCGUUACCGGACUCGGUAGUUGGGCUUAGAUUGGAGAAGUCCAACAUCAGCAAUAUACCAACCAACGCAUUCUCAAGAUUCGCCGGCAGUCUGAUAGAAUUGAGGAUCACCGGAUGUUCUCUCGAGAAGAUAGAAGACGAUGCAUUCAGAAGCCUCGAUAAACUGGAGACGCUCGACUUGUCGAACAAUCGGAUCGUAGCGAUCGAGACAUCCUGGAUACGGGGAUUGUCGAAGUUGAAGGAAUUGAUCGUUUUGAGAAAUCGAAUUCGUAAGAUCGAUCAAGAGUUUUACGUCCUAUUACCGAAACUCGAACUACUCGAUAUAGCUUACAACGAAUUGGUCGAUUGUAUUACCGAAGAGAAUUUAAAGAAAUUGAAACAUUUGAAGCUAAUAUUAAUAGCUAGUAAUCCAUGGUCGUAUCGUUGUAGAGCGAAAAUGACUUAUUCGUUGAAACGAGGUGGCGUUAAUUGGAUAAAGGAUUGGUCAAUUGGCGAUCUUUUGAUCGAAGAGUGUUUAGUGCACGAACCUAAAGCCGACACGGACGACGAGAUCUUACGCAAAUGCGUCGAUAGAAAAUCGUUCGAAUCCAUUAGUCCGAUAUUACCAGCUUUGGAAAGGAAGGUAGAUGAAUUGUCGAGGAAGAUCGAAGAAUUGGAAAACGAAGUGAAGGAUCUUAAGAAAAAGGAUUAAAUUCAAAUUUCAUUUUGAGCAUUCUUUUCUUUCUUUUUCUUUUUUUUUUCUCUCUUUCUUUUUUUCUUUCUUUCUUUAUUCGCCAUCAAGAACGAGUAUUAGGAAACGUUAUUUGAACAAAAUUUUGCGCUAAAUCAUCCUCUUCUCCUUCUUUUUUCAUUCUCUCUUUUGUUAUCCCGAUCGAAAGAUAGAAAAGGAAGUUUCAUUGAUUUAAGUAAUACAUAUAUUAUUAUAUAAUACUAUAUCUUACACGUGAUAAGAUUUCUCUUAUCACGGAUAAGCUCGUCCGUAAUCACAUAUAGAAUUGAUUAUAUACGAAUAAACGUUUUAUUGGCUUAUAUCCGAUCAUGUUUAUGUAUAAAUUAUUUCGAGUUACUUAAGGAUUAUUUUUCAACGCAAUAACCACUGACUCAAACGCGAUCGAGUAUAAUAAUAUUAUUUGUCGUUGUCGUUAAAUGCAUCGUUCAUUUGGAAAAUAGUGUAAGUCCAUUAAAAACAAAAAAAGAAAUUAAAAUGUCACGUAACUUGCGAUCAAUUUAGUAAACAACGUUCUACUUAUAACUGGUUAAUAUUUAAUAUCUUAAAAAAUGUCAAUGCUUUGCUUCAAUUAAAAAUUGCACAGUAAAAUAAAUUACUUAGCGAUGUAUAAUAUGCUGAUCAUGAAUUUUCUCGAAACAACAAAAAAUGGACUAGCAACAUUUUCGAAAUAAAUAUCGUUUGGAAUUA